AUGGGAUGUUUACUAAGUAUUGACGAGAAGGAAGCUGUUCAAAGAUCUAAACAGAUUGACGCCUCUCUCAAAAGCGAUGGUGAAAAAAUGGCGAGAAUAGCUAAGCUUUUGUUGCUUGGUGCUGGUGAGUCUGGGAAAAGCACAAUACUUAAGCAGCUAAAAAUUAUUCACCAGUCUAGCUAUACAAGAGAGGAAUGCUUACUUUAUAAACCUGUUGUUUAUAGCAACACUGUUCAGAGUAUGAUAGCGAUUAUACGAGCUAUGGGUCACUUGUACAUUAAAUUUGAGGAUGAGUGUAGAGUAGAUGAUGCUCGAACUUUAUUCGCGUGUGCGAAUGAGGCUGCGGACGGUUACUUAUCCACUGAAUUAUACAGUGCUCUUUAUCAACUCUGGAAUGAUGGUGGCGUUCAACAGUGUUUCAAGCGUUCAAGAGAAUAUCAAUUAAAUGACUCAGCAUCUUAUUUUUUCAAUUCUUUAGAUAGAUUGGCUAAACAUGAUUACAUUCCGACCGACCAAGACGUAUUGAGAACACGUGUAAAGACUACGGGUAUACAAGAAACUCAGUUUUCUUACAAAAAGAUUGAAUUUCGGUUAGUAGAUGUCGGUGGACAAAGAUCAGAGAGAAAAAAAUGGAUUCAUUGUUUCCAAGAUGUAACUGCAAUCAUAUUUGUGGUUGCAUUAAGUGAGUAUGAUCUUGGUCUAGCUGAAGACCAAACAACGAAUCGAAUGGUUGAAUCUAUGAAUUUAUUUGAUUCCAUAUGUAAUAAUAGUUGGUUUACUGAAACCAGUAUGCUGUUAUUUUUGAAUAAACGCGAUUUAUUUGAACAGAAAAUCUACCAUUCACCACUGACAAUUUGUUUUCCAGAAUACAUAGGUGAAAAUAAUUAUCAAGAAGCUGGAUUAUAUAUACAGACAAAAUUUGAAGCACUUAAUAGACAGACAACAAAAGAAAUUUAUACACAUUUUACAUGUGCUACAGAUACUACAAAUAUACAGUUUGUAUUCGAUGCUGUAACAGAUGUUAUCAUAAGGCGUAAUCUUAAAUUAGAUGGACUUUUAUAA